AUGAACAUUGAGAAGGCACUAUGUGAUCUAGGAGCCAGUAUCAACCUCAUGUCCUUGGCCGUGAUGAAGAGGAUGAGAAUAGAAGAAGCAAAACCCACAAGAAUGGCCCUUCAACUAGUAGACAGGACCUUCAAAUUCCCCCAUGGUGUGGUAGAAGAUUUGUUGGUAAAAGUGGGAGAGUUCAUCUUUCCAGCUGACUUUGUUGUGGUUGACAUGAAGGAAGAAGCCAACGCAUCAAUCAUCCUAGGAAGGCCAUUUCUAGCUAUAGUUGGAGCUAUAAUUGAUGUUCAAAAAGGGGAGCAAGUCUUAAGAUUGCAUGAGGAGAAGAUGUUCUUUAAUGUCUUCAAGGCAAUGAGCUACCCCAAGGAAUCCAUUGGAGAAUGCAUGAUGGUGGACAUAAUUGAAAAUCUCAUUCAAGGAGUCAUAGAGAAAGAAUAA